GCCAGAUAACCCCCAGUGACAGCAGGUACGCCGCGCAGGUCGCAAGGAGUGCUGCUCCUCGUCGUCAUGAAGGCCCACGUCGCCUCCCCGAUGCUGCCCCUCGCGGCCCUGCUGCUUGCAGCCGGCACGGCGAGCGGUGCGCUGAACGCUACGUUAAGCACGCCCUUCUUGUCCUGCACGAAGGCCCACGACCCGAUCGCGCUGCGCAUCAAGGGCUGCACUAAGCAGCCGUGCCAGGUCGAGAAGGGGUCGGUCGCCGUCAUGGAGGUGGACUUUGAAGUCGGCUGGGACGUGACGCAGCUCGACGUGGUGGUGACGGCCUACGCGCUAGGCACCGUCAUCAACUUCCCCCUCAAGCAGAAGAACGCGUGCAUGUCGUUGACAAACGCCGAGUGUCCCCUCGACCAGUACGAAGAGAUAACCUACCGGCUGCAGUUAGAUAUAGAUUCCAAGUACCCCAGCAUUUCACUUGCAGCGGAAGUCGCUCUCCAAGAUAAGGGUAAGACUAUGAUGUGCUUCCGAGCAAACUUACAAGUCGUGGAUCCAGCGUAAACUUCAUACGUCAAUAAAACUGUCGUUUUUGUGAAUCAAAAACACCUGUUAGGGAAAUUAAGUAAAGUUGCUUAUUCGUGUGUUGAUGCGAAAGUUUUUCAUCGCAACAAGUGGUUGGGGCGCGGUUUGUAAUGCGACGCCCAAGCCCUGCCCCUUAACGACCUUGAACAGGUUCGAUAUAAAAGCUAGAUGUUUUUAUGGAGUUCAAAGAAUAAAAUUGGACGAUUGUAACAAAA